UGACAUAUGUUAUACUGUGCUACUAUCCAAUACCUUAAAUGAUCACAUCAGCCUGUUUCCCUGACGUUAAAGCGGCAUGAAAAACAGGUCUGACUCAGCACAAUAAACGUUCUGUUUCUUCUGCUUUUUUUGUUGAACCCUUUUCUUUGUACAAAUGUGCAUUCUUUUUUGGACAGUAGACAAUCACCCUCGCUACCGAUUCAUAUUUGCCGCCAAUCGAGACGAAUUCUUGGAUCGCCCUACGGCACAUGCUCAUUUCUGGCCACCGCCUAAUAACGAUAUUCUUGCUGGUACUGAUCUCGAAGCACAAGCAACACCGCUACAUAAUGGUACUUGGCUUGGCAUUACACGGACAGGGCGAUUUGCCGCAUUGACGAAUUAUCGAGAACAAAAGUUUCUCGGCGGAAGAUCCCGAGGGGCGCUGACGCGAGACUUUCUUUUCCACGGGAGUUCAUCGGUGCACGAUUAUCUCAAGCAAAUUGAAGCUCAUGCAAGCGACUUUGGUGGGUUUAACUUGAUAUGCAUGGACUUGAAGAAGAAGGAGAAAUUGCAUGAUAUGGCGUAUUUCAGCAACCGCGAGAACAGCCACAUUACAGAUUUGUCGCCAGGCACGGUCUAUGGUAUAUAUACAAACGUGUGUGUGUGUGUUGUGCAAGACGAGCCUUCCGAGAAACAGCACGGAGUAAAGAACGGGAGCUGUGUGGGGUAGAGUGGGACAAGCUGACAAGUCGACACCGUCUACUUUUAUCUUUAUACGCGGGAUUUACAAGGCCUUUCCAACUCAGUGCUAGGGAAUCCGUGGGAAAAGG